AUGUUGAUACCGUUGGCAGCGGAGAAUGACGAUGACGUAGACGAGAGGCUAUCGUGGGAAGAUUCCGAACGAUUCGAGGAGGACUCGCUUGGCUCAUGGCUAUCUGAACCAGAGUCGCUCUGUCAGAAUUGGCGAGGGUGGUCUCGGCCAGCGGCUACCAGCGUCGCUUCAGAUAAUGUCGACUUGUCUGGUGAGAACCUGAAUUAUACCGGAGGUUUUUCAACGCUGAAAAAGAACGCGGCUGAGGGCAAAGGCACUGUGCUGUCUCUGGUGGAGUCGGCGGCGAGCGUCGUGGCGCGCUUCAUUCCAUUCGAGGUGGUCGAGCGAUUCUAUCCACCCGUCCCUGAACAGCUACAACUACGAGUUGCCUUCUGGAGCUUUCCCGCCAGUGAGAAAGACAUCCGAUUAUACUCAUGCUUAGCCAACGGCAAUGCUGACGAAUUCGUCAAGGGUGAAGACUUGUAUCGUAAUAAAGCCGUUCAGAAUAUUCUUCAGAUCGGAUUUCACUUAAGCGCCACGGUCAAUUGCUCAUCGUUUACUGCUCAGCCGAUAGAAUCGACUCCUCUUCCGGAGCCGCUUCCCACCGUGACAAAUGCUGGACCAGGCUCUGCGUCAGAAUUAUUUAACGUUGCCGGUUCAGAGGUUCCUCUCAGGGCUCCAGUGUCAGAGUCGUUGUCUCGUCUGAAGAGAGACCAAUUGCAGAAAUUUGCUCAGUACCUGAUUAGUGAGCUACCGCGUCAGAUUUUGCCAACUGCUCAAAAGCUACUUGAUGAAUUGCUGACCGACAGCGCCCCGAUUAAUGCGCUCCGUGGUGCUCCCGACCCAACCGCUGGUGCCGCUGUCUCUGAGGUAACAAGGUGGUGUCUUGUCGAAGGGACGUUACACGAAAACAUUAGGAAAAUUUUAGUGAAAUUUUGCAUUCCGUCACCGACGGUGUUCAGUGACGUUAAUUAUUUGUCUUCUUCGGCGCCUCCGGCCGCCUCCGAAUGGCUGGCGCUUUUGCGACCUCUCCGAGGACGUGAACCAGAGGGUCUAUGGAACCUGCUGUCGAUUGUACGCGAGAUGUACCGCCGACAUGACAGAAACGCGAUCACUCUGCUGACGAUAAUCACUGAGGAGUGUCUCAACUGCAACAUGGUUAUGUUCUGGUGGUUCUUGACGAAGCUGUCUCAUUCGUUCAACGGCAGCCACGUGUUCUUCAGCAUCAAUUCUUUUUUGUGGCAUUUGGCGGUGAUGAAUCCGCUUAUGAGUGCGGCUGACCGUCAGAAGUUCUCCUUGCAGCUGUGCAGUUUCCACUUAAGAGCGGUCAAGAAGAUAUGCAAGGUAGUCGGGUCGAUUCCAACAAAUACUUCCCAGCAGGUAUGUGCCGGUGGAAAUGCUGUUCGUGCUGCCGCCGCAGCUGCUGCUACAUCUUCGACGAGCUAUGGUGCCGGCACCAGUGCUCUGCCGAACAUCAUCAAGAGGCUGAACCUGGAGAAUGCCCCUUUCUUGUUGCACGUAUUCCCCGGCUUCAAAAAAGCCAUUGCCUCGUGUCAUCAUGAAUGGGUCGACUGCCAGGUGGACAUCGCGGCCCUGCAGACUGAGAAGUUGAUGAUGUAUAAAUGUGAAGACGGCGUUGACUCUUCGAUCGACUUUAACAUGUUCUCUCGACUUUGCAACGUUGCCUACGGUAAACCUGACACACAGGUUCUUCCUUUGCCAGUGCUGCGAAACGUGCGCGUACCUAGCUACGGUGCUCACCAUAGUUCGUGGAAGGCAGCCACAACUAUUGGUCAGGACAAGGUUGCGUCAUCUCUCCAUUGUAGCGAAGUAGUCGACAAGGCGAAGAGUAACAGUGACAUCAGUUCAUCAUGUUGCAGCUCGCCGCCGCCAUCCGUUGCGUACGAUUCUCACUUGAGCAGCGGCGACAGCAGUGAAACCAGUACAUGCUUAUCGUCCCUCCGGGAACAGUUGAAUUCUGAGUUGCCAGACACUGAUCUGUACGAGCUCGAUUUUGACCGUGCAGCUGCGUCGUCUAUUCAUGAGGACGAUACGAUUUCGAGUCAUGAUAAACCGGAAGCCAGCGGCGACGAAUGGACUAAGAAAUCUUCACUGUACGCGUUGUACAACUCGCUGUUGAGGGUAAAGCCGGAGGACGACCCAAUGAGGGUGUCUUUUGCCAGGUGCGAGGCACUGUAUGCCCACGGCUACUUCGAAGCCGCCUGUCGAUACGCUGUAUCUCUCGUCGACAACAUCGUUCAGCACCCGCCUGACUUGAUGGUGAAUAUCCCGCCGCCCAUCGCGCUAACCGUCAGUACCUGUUCCGGCAACCAACCUAUGCAAAAGGUGGCGGACAAUGUCGGUAGCGCCAGAAGCAAGCGCAAAAAAUUUCUGGAUGUGCCACUACUUUUGCACCCGAAGGCGAUCGAGGUGAAUGACUUGGCUUGUGAGUUGCUGACCCAGGUGCUGUUCUUAUUGGACGUCCUGCUGCAUGCGAAGAAUGAGGCCCUGCAGCACCUCAGUUUUCGCCUCGGCACAUUCAUCCUGGAACUGCCGCGACAGCCGGCGUCGUCUAAAUUUGCAGAAGUGAAAAUGAACAGCCUGGAGGAAGAAAUGGAGGUGGUGCGCGACAAGGCGCGCCGCUUCAUCAGCGACUUCUCGUCGUCAAAGGCCAACGGCGUGCUUCCGUUAUCGCUCGCCUCAUACCUCUACGACUGUCUCUGCAUGGACUGUAGCACCCCAAACGCGUUUCAUGUCCCUCAGGACGAACUGCUUGGUUUCGAGGUGGCUGUCACCGCGCUGUCCAUGAAAACGACCGUCAGCGAGACAGAGCAUCCGUUGCUUCAUGAGGGUUUGCGUCGCCAGAAGGGCGACCUUGCCCUCGCGCUGUUGCUGCGCUACAAGGACCGGCCGGACAAAAUCGUGCAGAUCAUGGACCGCAUUCUCGAUCGCGACCUCCACCAAAUGUAUCGCUCCCGCAGCAGCAACGCGUCGCACCUUUUUGCCGAUGUGCCGGAGUCGGAAAAAGCUACCUCUGAAGUGGAAUCAAUAGAAACCGCUAUGUCAGUACCGCCGUGCUCCAGGAACUUUUCAGACGACCAGCCGUCUUGUUCAGACAGGCACCUAAAACUGCGGAAGGCGGCGCUUGUCGAUAUGUCCCCAACGAAACUGGUCAUGGAAGAACCGGCUUUUGAACGGAUUAUUAGGGAAAAUUCAACACCUGUGCUUGUCUUCAGCGACAAUGACGACCAAUCACAUUCGUCCGAAGAAAACUUCUGUCCGAACGGAGAUGUCAACACGCCGAGUGAGGCACAUGCACAUUUUAUGAUGGAGUUGGCGAAACGACUGUUGAUCGAAGCCGGCGGAAAUCACUCGAGUUCGAUAUUCACUAAUCCUCAGGGCGGACUGACGAACCAGUCUCACGCCGGUCCUCACCGCGCUCUGCACCUGUGCGCAUUUCAGAUCGGUUUGUACGCGCUCGGUCUCCACAAUAAGCUGACGUCGAACUGGCUGUCGCGCACUUACUCAUCGGACGUGUCGUGGAUUUCGGCGCAGGCGAUCGAAAUUGGCCGUAUGGCGAUUAAGAUACUCAGGGACACGUGGGAAAGCCACUUCACGCCUACGGAGGUGGCUAAUUUGGCUGAUAAGGCGUCGUUAAGUCGAGACCCGGGCAUGGCGCAAGCGGCAGCUGACCUGGCGCUGAGCGCCCUGUCGCAUGCCCAUGCGUUGAACCCUACGGAGAUUUACCGCGCACUGGCACAAUGCAGGGAACAAAAUACGACCAUGUUGGAGAAGGCUUGUUUGGCGGUCGAGCAGGCAGCCAAGGAUGGUGGCGUCUAUCCGGAGAUUCUGUUCAAGGUUGCGCAGCAGUGGUACAGACUGUAUUGUGAGUUAUGCGUCAUCAGUCGCGAUCAGAACCCCACCGCUGUCGGUACAUCUCACGCUAUUGCAGCAGGCAAUGCAGCAGGGCACCUGCCUGAGGGGCCUCAAAGAAUUCGUGAUCCGUCUUCUUCAAUCUCUUCCAACUCAGGUAUGUUCAUGAACAACACCGCUGAACCUCACCAUCGCCAUCAGCUGCACCAACAGCAGCUGAUCGCUUAUCAGCAACAGAAACAAUCGCUCGUUGAUGCUCAGGUUAUGACCCCUGCUCAUACAUUGGCCAGCAUACAGAUGGCGGCGGCGGCUGGCUUGCCUAAUCCAGUUUCCACGUUUCCGUUCAUCCAGCCGUUCUACGCAAUCUCCGGAGCGAUGCCGUUAAAUUUCGGUAUACCCGCUUCUUUGACACCCUUCUCUCCCUCUUUGCAACCGAUAGGUUUCCCGUUUCCGAUCUACUCGUCACCUCAGCAAAACUCAACCGUACAGAUCAUUCGGCCAGCGUCCGCAGCGCAACAGUCAGGAGCCAUGCCGGUCUAUAUGAACGCCAUGGGUCCGUCGGCGGUGGCGGUCACUUCUAACGCGUCUUGUUGCUUCUCUCCGUUUAUGACUUCCGUUCCACCUCCUCCAUUGCACAUCUCUCAUAGCGCACCGAAUCUCGCACCGUCGACACCAGAAGAGUUAGAACGUGACCAAAACAGUGCGCACUAUCUGUACGCGGCAUACCGCGUCGGGAUGUUGGCAAUGGAGACAAUGGGUAGGCGCGUAAACGAUGACCGAUCGUAUAUCAAGUUCUCGCAGAACCCCCCUUACGGCGAUGAUGUUAAAUGGUUGUUGAAAAUUGCGAAGAAGCUGGGUCUGCCCCACGUGCAGCAGUUUUGUAUCGCCGCAACGCAGUCUAUCGUCAGCCCUUUUAUACUGUGGGACAUAGCCACAGAUGUGGCUUUGCUCUUUACGCGGGGAACCGGCUCACAAUUGCAGCCGUCCGCCGCGAUGUUCAGUUCCGGUUGCUGCGGCAGUGGAAUCGGU